AAAACACAAAGGAGAUGAUGUAAAGUCUUUUUUUCUUCUUCCAGAAAUAAAACAAACAAUAAUAAAUUAUCCAGAAUGAACAAUAGAGUUAAUGUACAAUAGAAAACAAUCAUAUUUAAUAUAUUUCAUUGACCAAUGCUUUUGUGAAGAGAAAUGUCAAAUGUGGCCUUGGUUUUCCUGCUUUUGUUGCGGUAAAAAGUGAGAAUGUGACUGCACAGGAAGACCAAGUAAGAGAAAUGAAAGUUAAAAGGCUGAUGACAGCCAAAGAGAGAACAUGUCAACCUGUCAUCUUGAUCAACAUGAUGAGUUCCUCCUCUUUCUUCUUCUUCAGGCUCCAGUGUGAGGGGGGGUGAAAGGGUCAUUCCUCCACCUCGCCCGUGUCCCACUUGGUUUUGGGCUCCUGCCACCACUCUGACAGGAUGGACUCCUCAUAGUCACCCAUGCCCUCAAACUCUGCGUCGGGAUGCUCUGCUCGGGAGGCGUCGGCGUGCUCGGGAUUCACCUCACCCUGCAGGAUACACAAAAACAACAGUAAGCAGACAUUUUUAUUUAGCUUUUUUAUUUUCUUGUGGUUUCCUGUUAGUCAAAGUGUCACCCUGUAAGUGGGGGGAGGAACAAAGGGAAAGUUUAUUGCGGCCAACACCUCCUGACCACAUUCCACACACCACUGACGGAAAACAAGCCCCACCCCCUUCUAACCUCAGUUUCACACCCCCCCAAACAACAUCCUGCCUCUCCUCCACGCUGCUCGACUUCUUUUACUGCUCAGCCACACACUUUUCACUCUUUACUGUGAGGAAAUCUUUUUUUAUGGAAUAAAACCACGAGCGUAAAGAUGAAGUCAAUCAGCUUGAAAUUUUAUAACAAAAAUGUGGGUUUUUUUCUUUCCUUACUUUCUUAGUACCAACUGCUGCAGUGGCUCAGUUUUGCAGAUGCAAAUUCUUUGCCCCAAAUAUCCUAAAGUGACCUAAAGUGAGGCUUAUUUUUCCAUCUAAUUAAAAAAAAAAAAAGUUUGUUUAACACUCUUAGCAAUGAUGCCUACUGCCAGCAGCGUGUAAACCUUUUUAACUAAAAAUAUUGUUUUGGCUGCUCUUUUGUACAUCAAUGCCACUUUGGAGACUGAAACGCCAUUUAAAAAAAAAUAAUAAAAUAAAAUAAAAAACAACUGAGAUAGGAAAAGGAGCGAGCUAUGGAAGCCCAGUAGCGCCAAAAUGAGAUCUGCUACGUCCUAGGUUCCCAAAGUGGGGUACGACAAUUGUAAUAGGUAUGUGUAAUAGGUAUGUGAACAAAAAUGAAAAAAGGUUGUCGCCUAACACUCACAAUUGCGAGUGCGCCUGAAUGCCUCAUGGCGCAAGGAGCAGAAAGAAGACAGAGCAUGAAGUUGUUCGUUGCUCUGUGUGCAUCAUUUGAACAAAUAAGUAAGUUUGAUGAUUAUUUUGUGCGUAGAGUGUUUCACCCUGACGAUUUCGUUGGUAUCGGUGUCUCAAUCCCCCGCACGGCGCAGCAGUGAAAACCUGUCACUGUGAGUGGGGCUUUAUCUUUGGUUCUAUGUAUUUUUGUACUUUGGAUACCGCUUUAUUACGAUUGGUAAACUUUCCCCUUCAAUUUGGUAUGAAAUUCAUACGCAGUCUUAAACCAUAGCCAUCGUGAGCGGACAAAAAAAGUGGAGCUGAAAUUCAAGCCGUUGAAACGGAAGGAUGCCAACAUCAGACUGGAAUAAAAGGUAUGUAGGAUGAUCACUCAUCUAUUUAUCAGCGCUCAUGUGAAACUUUUACAAAAUACAAACCCCUAACUACUAGCAAAUGAAUUAACCAAUUCAUUAUCUUGAAUAUUUCAAGCUAAUUAAGAUAAAAAGGUGUGUUUUUACGUGUGCAGGAGUAGGGGGUACGUGGCUUCAGGUCAAAUGUCUGGAGGGGGCACGCCAGUGUAAGACGUUCGGGAACCACUGCUACGUCGUCGUAAUGAGAUACUGCUGCAAACAUGAAUUUCUUCAAAUGCUGCCUUUUCAAAUAAAGAUAUUUUCGGUAUAUUGCGACUUUUACAAUAAAGUUGAGCUCUAUAAACCAGGAGGGUAAACAGUAGUGACAUAUAGAAAUGAUUUAGUGUCACAAAAGCUUGCAAAAACUAUGAAAUUGGUAUCUCUGAAUUAGAAAACCCUCAGUUACUAAAUGACAACUUUCUAUGAUCUCCACCGGCACUCAGCAGAAGAAAUAACGUCAUUGCGGAUGUAAGAAGGUACCAUCUUUCUCCUAAUAGUCACAUGUUAUUCACUUGCGUCCUAAUGUAUUUACUCAUUCAUAAGCGUAAGCCUCCUGAAAACACCUGAAUGAUCUGUGUUAUUCUUUGAGAAAUUAAGGAAAAUGUUGGAAAGUCCGCAGCUCUGCAUUGAAAAAUCCAUUUUUUUCCUUCACAAAAGGUUCAUAAAAAUCACGGAAGUGUUUUUUUUGCAGUCCUGCUCUCCUAACAAGCAAACGGCUCAGCAAACACAAUAAGAGAUUCAACUAAAACGUUGACUUUACGGCCGGCCGCUGAGGUCUGACCACGCCCUCGUCGUACCUCGUCGUCCGUUUGAAGGUAGUUGAGUGCAAACUGCAGCAUCUCCUUCUGCUUGGUGGUCCGCUUGAAAUAUCUCAGGGCCUCCUGCAGGGAGCGGUCGGGGGACAAAAGAGAGCGAAUGUCAUGUAUGGGCGGCAACUCAGCACUUUCCAGUUAACACAAACGCUUAAACUUUUAACAAGCUUGUAUACGACGCCACAGCUGGGGGGGGAAAAAACAGCGGAAGGAAGUCUCUAAUUAGCGCGCUGACAUGGUGUUAAAACGCAAUCCCGCUUUGACUCACAGGCCGAGGCUGGAAGUCCUUCUCCUGGAGGCCCCACUGUUCCCGGUAGAAGCCGUAGUAGUCCACGUUCUGUCGCAUCACCUGGUCGCCGGGGUCAAAGAGCAUGUAGCUGGCGGCGCACGGGGCGGCGCUCUUUACGUCGUUGACUGCAACAAUAAACAAAUGCAAUCACAGCCGCUGCAGGUCAGGUGGAUGUGCACGGCGUCUUACGUUUGUAGUAUGAAAACUGGAGGUAGUGGUACAUGGUGGCCACAAACUUCUCCACAAAGAAGCCGCCCACGCUGGGGGUCAGAUGCUCCUCGCAGCCCACCUUGCAUUUUAGCGCCUCCAGGUACAAAUCUGGAAAAAACGGACUCAAAUAAGUCCUAAAAUACCUUUUUUUUUUUUUUUUUCUUUUUUUUCUUGCUGUCAGUUCAGAAUGAGUUGUCAAUUACUCGUGAUAUGUCUUUUAUUACAUACAAAUAUUUUAAAUGACAAAAAAAUGACUAUUGAUAAUUGUAAUUGUAAUCAUAUACUAAUUAUAAUUAGUAAAUUAAUUAUAAUUUUGUAAUUCAAUAAUAUACUAUUAUAAAUCAUUACAAGCAAUAUAUUUUUAUUACAUAAAAAUAAUCAAAUUGUUUUAAAAUGACAAAAAAAAACACAAAAUGUUUUCCAAUAAUCCUAACGUUCAAAAAACACUGAACUGAAAAUAAAAUAAAAUAUAAUAACUAUAAUAACUAUGACUAUAAUAUAAUAACUACAUAUAAUAAUACAAUAAUAUUGGAAAAAAUACAUUGUUUUCUAAAUGUAUUAAAGUGUUAUGUAUUUUAAUAUUCAUAAUAAAAAUACAGAAAAAACAUGAAUAAAAAGGCCUAAAAUGGCUAUUUUUGAUACCGAAAACUUUAUAAUAUGUGUCUCAGUUGUUAAACGCAUUUUAAAUUCCGUUUUACAGUAUUGUACUUGCAAAUAUGCAGUUACGCAACAUCACAUCUUGUCAAAGCAUCUUCCUGCUGGAAAAUGUUCAGUGAAUUUGUCAUACUUAUUAUAUACUCAAUUGUACUUGUUUUUUUUUUGUUGUUUUUAAAAUAGAUCAAUUAAAAUACUUGACUUAUAGUACUGUAACUUUCUACUUCAAUGAGUACCUGAAGACAGAAGAAGAUGCAUUCAAACCAGCAAACCCAAGCAGACGUACACAUCUUAAUGCUCAUAAUGAUACAAAAUAUGUAAAUAUUUGUACUGUAAAGGUCCAGAGUGUGUGUACUCUCACCUGCCAAGGUGGGAUAGAAAUCCUUGAAUUCCAAAAUCUCGUAGGAGCCGUCGCAUCCGUCCAGACAGAGUGCGUAGACGUCCAGAUAGGAGGUGAUGGCCUGCUCCAUGUGGCGAGCGCUACUACUGAAGUCUCCGUUGUUGUAGAGCAACACACUCUUCACAAACACACUCUGGAAACAACAACACAACAAUUCAAGUCAUACUCGCACAUUAAAAACAAACUCAACUCUUGUCCGAACCUCGUAGGGCUGCUCCUCGUGGUCGAUGAGAUAUUCGUCCACGUCCACCAGCGUCUUGUAGUACUUCAUGUUUUUGGUCAGUGGGGGGUCUUUGGGGUUCUUCUUGAGGAAGGUGUGGGCCGCCGACACCGCCUUCUCCAAGUUGUUGAGCUGAGGACCAAAAGCAUGGCAGUUUCCAUGGCCAGUAAACCACUUAGAACCAACACGCCAGUACACUUAUCGAUGGAUCUAUCUAAAUAGGUAUCAGUGUUUCUUGGAGGUAAAUCAUUUGUACAAAUACAUGCCUCCACCCCCAAUAGACGCCUGCUACUCUCCGCAGUUAAGUCAAUAAAUUCCAAAAGUGCUGUUCUACGCCAGUCCAGUUCCUCUAUGUCAAGUGUCUAAUGGCAUUUUUUGUUACUACACUUCUUUAGGGUGUCAUUAAGAAGGUGCAGGUGUACCUAAAGAAGUGACCUGUGAGAAGGGCCACAUCAGCCCACCAGAGAAGAAGAGGAAGGAGGAGAAUGGAGGGGGUUGGUUGUGGAGGUAACACUGCAAGAGACGUGGCACAGGCUCAACUAAUUGACUUACCAUAACUUUCCUAAACCCAAUCAUGCCAGCUCCAGAACCUUCUAGCAUCAAAAUACCACCAAAGUUGUGGCACAUGCCCAGUCCUCACCUGGUAGUAUGCAUACUGAAUGUAUCGAUAUGGGGUCCUUUUCUCAAAGCUCUCCAGUAGAUCCCUCCGGGGGUGUGCGAGUUUAAACACCGGAAAGUUCGCCUUGCACUUCUUCAAGCAAGCCGCUCUCAGCAGGAUGUGGCGCACGACGCGGAGGCUGACGUCCUCCUCCGCCACCACUGGCUCUGCGUCGUCCUUCCUCCGGCUGACGGUGCUACAGUUGCGGCCGCAGAACGUCUCGCUGUCCCGCAGCAGCCGGUGGAGCCUCAAGCUGAGUUCCAGGUACUUGACGCUCUCUGCCCAGUUGUGCGCCGCGUACUGCUCCAGUGCGUAGUUGUACGCAGAGUCCAGCGGCAUCACGUCCUUGGCGGGGAAACUCUUGAAGCUAUACUUCUCGUACUGGGCCUCCGCCACCGCCGAGAGGAGGAGAAGGAAGGCCAAAGCAGCCGCUACCACCGCCUCGCUGUGCGGGAGCAUCGUCGCUCCGGGACGGGGCUCGCGUCUGGUUCCCUAAAAAGUAGUGCGAACUCAGCACGUAAGCACAGGAGACGCAUCAGGCUAGAACUUAGAAUGUACGAUAUCCGAUUGAGGCUUUCGAAAUAAAAGUGCCUUGUAGUUCCUCGCCGUAUAAACUCAGGCUACGAUUCUUUGCGACUAUCUCCUAAAUAUGCAAAGUCUAACAUACCGUUUUGUGGUACUCACUUUUUAUAUUACUACUGAAAAUCAAUGUAGUUUAUCUUGCAUGAACUUUUAAUUCAAUAACAGGUUUGAUGACAGACGUUAGUUUCCGGUUUAUUUAGGGCUAGCCCCGUGGAGCUUGACUAAAGCAACAUGUCUGGAAUACCAUUUAAACUCUAUGGUCCGGAAUGUGAUAUUUAAAAUGGGGUUUCUCAAUUUAUAUUAAAGUUUAACUUGAGUUGAUAAUGAUGAAAAUACAUAUUUACAACUAACUGACAUUUUUUAUUCGUAUCUAUAGGCCAACAUUCCAAGCAACCUGACAGGUUGAGACAUGUGGAAAAUUCAGUUGCAAACGUUAUUUUUGCCGUUAUUUUCUUGCAAGGUGUUGGUCUAUUAUGCCAUCUUUAGACGUAAGUGAAUAUUGCCGGUAUACUGAUGAAGAAGGAUUUUUGGAAAAUUGACAUCAACAUACAUAAGUUUUUUGGGGGGGCGGGGUGACUUUGCGAGUUGUGUUUAUGUACACGUUUGCACAAUUCCAUUAAAAAGUGGGUGGGGGCUCAAGGGUACCGCUCCUUCAGCAGCCAUGAAAAACACCUUGAGGAAAGCCGAAAGGGGAAGUUAUGUUGGUUUCCUUCAAAAUAAAAAAACAGGGGCUUAUAGCUAAAAUACACUAUAGUGACAUUCUGCUAAGUGCGUUAUAAUGAACGUAUCAUAUAGGAUUGUGCACGUUAAGGGAACUGAUAAGCAUUUGCCUUUAAUUUUACGCUUUUAAAAGUCGUCGUCGUAAAUGUUUUUAAAUUGGUGUAUUGUUUUAAUAUUUUCAACCGGAACUAGUUUGUUUCAUUCUGUACAGUUCUUCACAAAUGUCCCUGACCACAGUGGCGUCUCUCCGGUGAUUCGGUUUCUGCUACAUCUGCAGACGGGGCUUCCUCGGUCCGUAGUCUUCUGGCAAACGGUCCUCGGGAUGUUUCCGCUGCUCCUCCUCCAUGUGGUCGCCGUGAAGUGCAGCUCCGAGCCGAUGGUGGACGUCGUCGUGGACCGGUACCACAUCCCCAAACUUUGCCCGCGAGAGGUCCAAACCGAGGACUUUAUACGAUACCACUUCAACGGCACCUUCCACGUUGACGGCAAGACGUUUGACUCCAGUCAUGACCGCGGCAAAGCCUUCAUCAGUCAGGUGGGCCUGGGCCGCCUCAUCACAGGUAUGGACCGUGGCCUGCAGGGCAUGUGCGUUAAUGAGCGCCGCAGGAUCACCGUACCACCGCACCUGGCCUACGGAAGCAUAGGAACAGGUGGCGUCAUCCCACCGGACGCCGUUUUGGUGUACGACGUGCUUCUGCUGGACAUAUGGAACACAGAGGACAAGGUCGAGAUCCGCACGCUAAGCAAACCCAAAAAAUGCUCUCGUGUUGCCAUGGCAUCCGACUUUGUCCGUUAUCAUUACAACGGCAGCCUGCUCUCCGGGCAAGCCUUUGAUUCCAGCCAUGAUAAGAAUGCGACCUACGACACCUACUUGGGCCAAGGUGAUCUCAUCGAGGGCAUGGACCAGGGUCUGCUGGGAAUGUGUGUCAGAGAGAGACGGGUCAUCAUCGUCCCGCCAUUCCUGGCUUAUGGAGAGAAGGGACACGGACGUCUAGUGCCCCCGCAGGCCACACUGGUGUUUGAGGUGCUGAUGGUAGACCUGUUCAAUCCCAAAGACGACCUCAUUGUCGAGGUCAAGGAGGUCCCCAUAGGCUGCACCCGCCGCACCACUGUCGGCGAUUACAUCCGCUACCACUACAACGGAACCUUCCAGGACAGCACCGCCUUCGACUCCAGCUACCAGAGGAACAGCACGUACAACACGUACGUGGGCAUGGGCUACGUCAUCAAAGGCAUAGACAAAGCUCUGCAGGGCCUUUGCAUGGGAGAGAAGAGGAGGGUCGUGGUGCCCCCUCACCUGGCGUACGGCGGAGAUGGCGUAGGUGAGCUCAUCCCUGGCUCGGCCGUGCUGGUCUUUGACAUCCACGUCAUUGACUUCCACAAUCCUAACGACCCCGUCGACGUCAAAGUGACCCACAAGCCGCAGGAAUGCGACGUCCUAAGCGAGGCUGACGACUGGCUGCAGUAUCGCUACAACUGCUCCUUAAUGGACGGCACCCUGCUGUACUCCUCAGACCAGUUUGACUCGCCCUCAGUCACCACGCUGGGAGCCAACCAGGUUAUUCCGGGUCUGGAGCAGGGAUUGAUUGGCAUGUGUGUGGGUGAGACCAGAGAGGUGGUUGUACCCCCCCAUUGGGGCCAUGGCGAAAGUGGCGCCGGCGGCGUUCCCGGGAGCGCGGUGCUGUUCUUCCAGCUGGAGCUGGUGGAGCUGCGGAAAGGCGUUCCAGAAGGCUUCAUGUUCGUGUGGCUGGGAGACAGCCCGGACCCACUCUUCCCCGCCAUGGACCUCAAUGGUGACCAAGAGGUUCCUUUGCAGGAGUUUUCAGCCUUCAUCAUGCUGCAGGUCCAGCAGGGCAACGGUCGUCUUCGGCCGGGAGUCCAAGCAGACGACGUCAUUCAGGACAUGUUCAACAGUCAGGACCUCAACAAAGACGGCAAGAUCGUCUCAUCUGAAAUAACGCUUCAGUCGAAGGAUGAGUCCAAACGGGACGAGUUGUAAAAAGAUGGACGCUCGAUGAGGUGAUUUUAAAUUUUGUGCGUUUUGUCUUAACGUCAACAAACUGUGAUGAUGUGGAGUCAGAGAUGGAAAUAGCUAAAAGCCACUGAGUGGAAUGUUUGUAAAAUAAAAAUGAGUGCAAGAUAUCCGGUGCACCUCCAUAGAUCAAGUACAAGAAUUGUAUCACAACGUUUGCCUAGUCAGAGCUGUUUCUAAUAUUUUGACCCUUUCAUGUGACUAAACAAGGCUAGCAAAAUAUUAAACAGCACAGCACUUUUUGAUGCAACACUUGUAUUAGAUGGCGCAGGUGUACCUAAUGAAGUGUCCAGAGAUUAUGUAUUUUGUGAGCCAAAUAAAAGUUUUGUAGAAAAAAAAAACAACUGUGUCAACUCUGCUAAAAGAUGAAGGUCAAAAAGAAUGUUUUAUUUCAAGGAGCCCUGAACAAAAGGAUGGUGAACUGCAAGGCUGACUAACAGUCCCAAUAGAACUCUUCUAAUAAACACAAAAAGCAGUAAACAAACGUGACUGGCCACGUAAAGUCUAAAAGGCUGAAAUUAGUUUUGCUUGUGUUGUGCGCUUAGACACUUUAGUAGCACCGUGUUAGUCACUAGACCAUGAUUAGAGUAAAGACGUGGAGGACUAUACAGAACAUUUGCAUGGUGUAGGAGGCUGGAAGUACAGUAUGUCAUGUGAACAGUGCAAAGAUGUCUUACCGUAUGGUCCUGCUGAGUAUUUGUGUAUGCAGCGUCGCUUUCUUUUUUUUAGUAAAACAAAAACAAUAAUGGACAAUUCCUACUUGGACUUUUGUCUGGUACUUCCUGCACCAAAGAGCAUCCGGUGUCUUUCUCCGUGGUUUUAAAAACAACUCGUGUGACGACUCCUCAGCUUCACUUGUUGCCAGUGAGGUAGAGCAGGACAGCGUUGGGGACGUCCAUGGUCUCGUCGUUGACCAACACAAUGUCAUAAGAGUCCAAAUACGACUGCUUCCUCUCCUCCACCUCAAUGGAAAACAAGGUCAACCAUUUAAAGCCUUACACCACACCUCAAAUAAAGAGAGCAACUGUUUCUUUUGGAAAACGCAACAAAAAAAAUGUUUGACACCUCAGAGUGUCUCAAAGUUGUUAGCACAACCGCUCUAAUCAAACGGUAGACAUGACAUCUGUAAAGCUCAAGUUUUGAACAGAGUUUAAAGUAAAAAGUACGGCGCUUUCAAGGGCAAAACCUACCUAAGGAUUAAGGAAACACACGAUUUUACAUUUGGUGUCAAUUUGUGGAAAUGUAUAAAAAUACUUAUAUGUUAAAUAAAUAAAUAAAUACAUUUCUCCAUGAAGAUGCAAUAGCCGGUCUGCUGACAAGUCAUUUUUUUAACACUUCAUCCCAAUUUGACUGGAUUCAUACAUUUUGACUUGUGAGUGAAAAAUGUUUUUAAUAUGAUUUUAUAUUUCCAGAAUUUCUCAGCCUACAAUGAAUGAAUCCUGAUGUGAAUUCUAGCUCAGUCUGUCUAGUUGUGGUCACACUGAGGUAAGCAUGUGAGUGUGUGUGGUACCUUGUCGUUUAGGAAGCCGAUCUUGAGGACGUUCUCGAUGUUGUGCACGCCGUCUGCCAUGGUCAGGUCGCCCAGGGAGUCUCCCAGCAGGAGGACGUUGGGCCGGGCACGGAGCUCCUGGAAAUGACCCGUGUUGAGCAGGGCGCCUUCCCUUUUGUUGUAGAUGUGGAUCAGCUCGCCCUUGAAGGCCUUCAGCACCCCCUGUGAGAUGCGACAUCAACAUUCACGGAUGCUGGCGCCCUCUAGAGGACACAAAUCACGUAAAAGUGGUUGUGCUCACAGCCUCGUCAAAGUCCAUGUAGUUGGAGAAGACCUUGACGUUGGAAUAGAACACUCCUGCCUGGCGGAUCACCUCCUCCAGGAUGUCGCCGAUCCCGGCAGAGAAGAUGAGCAGAGGAAUGCUGUGCUCAUACAGAUGGUCGAAGAACAGCUGAUAGCCUUCCCUGAAACCAUGUGACAGUUGACAGGACAUUAGUGUCACCAAUACACAUAUUUCACUACUUAGUGCCAAUAUUUUAUCAACAGUUUGCUGCCGAAAUGGGCGGCAGAACAAGUGUUUUGUGUUUUUAUGGUAAAAAUGCUAAUUAGCAAAAAGAAUGUUAGGAAGACUGGUUGCUGCAACAAGGCUGAAUGGGAUUCAUCGUCUUCAAUUUUGGUUUAAAUCCAUUAUUUUUUCAUCCUGCAUUCUCAAAUAUUUACAAAAUAACACCGCAUAU